AUGGCCAAGAUGGAAUCGCAGGCGGCCGUCCAGGCUCACGCCGGCGCCGAUGAGGCCGGCCUGGCGGAUCCUGGCGAUAUACAAUUACUGGCGAAAAUGGGUUACAAGCAGGAACUGCGCCGACAGUAUUCGACCGUGCAGAUUUUCGCCGUCGCGUUUAGUAUCAUGGGUCUGGUGCCGUCAAUCGCCUCGACGCUCGCGUUUUCGUUGCCCGCCGGGCCGGCGGGUAUGGUUUGGGGUUGGCUCACCGCGAGUAUUUUCAUUUUCACCGUCGGUCUUGCUAUGGCCGAUAUGGCGUCCGCCAUGCCCACUGCCGGAGGUCUUUAUUGGUGGACGCAUUACUUCGCCGGUGAGAAAUACAAGAAGGUGUUGAGCUUUCUGGUUGGAUAUAGCAAUACAAUGGGGUUGAUUGGAGGCAUGUGCUCGGUGGAUUACACACUCUCUCUGAUGCUGCUGGCUUGUGUCUCUAUCACUCGCGACGGGAACUGGUCGGCCUCGAACGGCACGAUUUACGGCGUCUAUGUCGGCCUCAUCAUCAUCCACGCCCUCUGCGGUAUCUAUACGGGGAAAAUCAUGCCCAAGAUCCAAACCUUCUGUAUCUUUAUCAACGUCGCCAUCAUCGUCGCGACCGUUAUCGCUCUCCCUGUUGGAAAGGUCACUCGUGGCGAAAAGCUCAACUCGGGAUCAUUCGUCUAUGGACACGUUGAUAAUCUUACCAGCUGGCCAACCGGCUGGGCCUUCGUCCUCUCCUUUUUGGCCCCUAUCUGGUCCAUUGGUUUCUUUGAUUCUUGCGUGCAUAUGAGUGAGGAGGCGCUCCAUGCCGCGAAGGCUGUGCCGCUGGGAAUCAUUUGGUCGGCUGGUUGUGCAACUGUGUUGGGCUUUUUCGUCCUGUCGAUCAUCGCAGCCUGCAUGAACCCGGAUGUGAGCGCGACAAUGAACUCCGUGUACGGCCAACCUAUGGCGCAGGUCUACUUCGACGCACUGGGCAAGAAAGGAGCCCUCGGCUUCAUGGGCGUGCUGAUCGUCAUCCAAUUCCUUAUCGGUCUCAGCCUGAUCGUCGCCGCCUCCCGCCAAGUCUGGGCCUUCUCCCGUGACGGAGCCCUGCCCUUCUCUGGUUAUUUCCGCCAUGUCAGCAAACGCGUCCGCUACCAACCCGUCCGUGCCAUCAUCGGCCUGGUCGUCGUCUGCAUCAUCUUCGGCCUGCUGUGCCUGAUCAACUCCGUUGCCGCGAACGCACUGUUCUCCUUGUUCGUAGCCUCCAAUUACGUCGCAUGGGGCACACCCAUCCUCUGCCGCCUGAUCUGGGGCAAGACGCGCUUCCGACCGGGCGAAUUCUACACUGGAAUCUUGAGUCGUCCGCUGGCCACGAUUGCCGUCGUCUGGUUGGUGUUCGGUUUGAUCUUGUCUAUGUUCCCCAGCACGGGGCCGAAUCCCAGUGCCCAGGAUAUGAACUACACAAUCGUCAUCAAUGGCUUCGUGUGGAUCGCCGCGAUGACUUACUAUGUUCUUUUCGCGAGGAGAUGGUACACCGGACCCAAGAUGACCAUCGAUGCGCCACCGAGUGCAACGGAUUCUGCGUCCGGGGAUGAGGGAAGAGUUGAGCAGAAGGCGGAGUAG